AACGCGCAACGACACUAAAUCCGCUAGAUUACUAAACCCGUCCCACAGUGAAGGAAAGAUGACUGUUUUUACCGUUUUGGCGACUGUUAAUAUACGGACCAACUCUACCCGUUUCCACCCUCAAGGAAACUAAUUAAUUUCUCUGCGGAGUACAACUAUUUAGAAGACCGUCUUACUCAUCUUUUUUUUUUCUUUUGAGAGAGAGAGGGAGCCCCGCAGGGUUGUCGGGCCAGCGGGUCGUCAGGAGGAGUUGGAACAACGACGAGUUUUUCCCCCCGUAGCGUUACUACUGUACUUUGCCUUGAAAUGAAGUCUUGUUUAGCUGAAUUUCACACGCUAGGACACGUUUAGGUUGAGCUUUAGUUCUUCUUUUAGGGGGUUAACAAUGACCCGCGGUGUGCGAGGGAGCUCUCCUCUGGACUGGUCAAAACAGUGUCAAAGGCUAAGCUAGGUGUCUUCUUCUUUCUAGCUGAUGGGGCACAUAUACUGCUCCAAACUCUUAUGGUGAAGUAAACUUGAAGGGAAAAGGGGGCUGACACUACUUUGACGUUUUUUUAAAGUUCAAUUCCUUCGUCGACUUGAAUGAGCCAGGGUUCAGUAUGUCGUUUUUUAAUUUCCGUAAAAUAUUUAAAUUGGGAGCCGAGAAGAAGAAGAAACAAUACGAACACGUCCGCAGAGAUGAAAACCCAGAGGAAAUAUGGAACAUCAUAGGUGAACUGGGAGAUGGAGCCUUUGGAAAAGUGUUCAAGGCUCAGAACAAACAGACGGGCAUCCUCGCCGCAGCCAAAGUUAUUGACACAAAGACGGAGGAGGAGCUGGAGGACUACAUGGUGGAGAUUGACAUCCUGGCCUCCUGCGACCACCAAAACAUCGUCAAACUGCUCGACGCUUUCUAUUACGAGAGCAAACUUUGGAUCCUCAUUGAGUUCUGUGCAGGAGGGGCUGUGGAUGCAGUCAUGCUAGAACUAGAGAGACCUCUGACGGAGCCUCAGAUCAGGGUGGUGUGCAAGCAGACUCUGCAGGCGCUUGUCUACCUCCAUGACAACAACAUCAUCCACAGAGACCUGAAGGCUGGCAACAUCCUCCUCACACUGGACGGUGACGUCAAGCUGGCUGACUUCGGUGUGUCUGCCAAAAACACCAAAACGUUGCAGAGGAGAGACUCUUUCAUUGGAACACCCUACUGGAUGGCUCCAGAGGUGGUGAUGUGCGAGACGUCCAAGGACCGUCCGUAUGACUACAAGGCUGACAUCUGGUCUCUUGGGGUCACCUUGAUUGAGCUGGCACAGAUUGAGCCGCCCAAUCACGAGAUGAACCCCAUGAGAGUCCUGCUGAAAAUAGCAAAGGCUGAUCCUCCUACCCUGAUGCAACCGUCACGUUGGUCCCCAGAAUUCAGUGAUUUCCUAAAGCGGUGUCUGGACAAGCAUGUGGACAACCGAUGGACUGCUAUGCAGCUGCUACAGCAUACAUUCAUUUCCAGUGUGGCAGACAGCAAGCCACUGAGGGAGCUUAUAGCUGAGGCGAAGGCUGAGGUCACCGAGGAGAUUGAAGAGCACAAAGAGGAAGAGGAGGAGGAAGAGACAGAAGCACAUUUGGGUCACAAGCGCGCUCCCUCUGACGUCAGCGUUGCCAGUUCAGAGGAUGAGAAGGUCCCCCUCUCUCCCACCACCUUGGAAUCAGUCCCUGAGAAGGUUGAGCCAGUUCUGCCCGUACCCACACCCGCUGAGGUCCCUGUACCCACACCCGCUGAGCUCCCUGUGGCCACACCCGCUGAGCUCCCUGUGGCCACACCCGCUGAGCUCCCUGUGGCCACACCCGCUGAGGUCCCUGUGGCCACACCCGCUGAGGUCCCUGUACCCACACCCGCUGAGCUCCCUGUGGCCACACCCGCUGAGCUCCCUGUGGCCAACCAUGUGGUGAGCACCAGCUUUGUGGAGGAGCCCGGUGCUCCUGGAGCUGGGAAGCACACAGAAGAGACCCCAAUCACUCCAGCAGACGAUGGAGAGGCAGAACAGAAACCAGCAGAGGACAAGCUUCCAGAAGUAGGAGGAGAUGUCGCCUCCCCAGUACUGGAGGCUGAACAAGAGGCAGAACCAGAGCCACCUGUCAAGGAGAUGCAGCAGCUGGAGAUCUCCAUCGAGGAUGAAAAAGAAGUGGACACAGCCGAGGUUCCAGCCAAUACACAGGCCAGCACAGAGAGUUCAGAGAUCACUGAGGCACCUCAGGAGGAGAAGAUGGAGGAGGAGGAGGAGCAGGAGGAGGAGGAUGACCGGUACAAACAUCUCAAGGUGAAGUUGACACUACCAGAUCAAAAAGUGGAGAAUGGAGAGAAACCCACAGAAAAGGUAAAUGCAGAAGAUGAGAAGAAGGUUCCAGACAAAGCUAAGGACGACGGAGAGAAAGAUUCAGACUCUGGCUCAGCUGCCGAUAACAGCAGCGUAGACCUGAAUCUGUCUAUCUCAAGCUUUCUGUCCAAAGCAAAAGAGGCUGGAUCUGUUUCUAUACAGGACACCCGGCGUCAGAAGAAGACGUUAAAGAAGACUCGCAAAUUCAUUGUAGAUGGAGUGGAAGUCAGUGUGACCACAUCAAAGAUCGUCACUGACAAUGACACCAAGAACGAGGAGAUGAGAUUCCUGAGGCGCCAGGAGCUGAGGGAGCUGCGUCUCCUGCAGAAGGAGGAGCAGAGGGCACAGCAGCAGCUCAGCAACAAGCUGCAGCAGCAAAAAGAACAGAUCUACCGCCGCUUUGAACAGGAGACCACGAGUAAGAAGCGUCAGUACGAUCAGGAGGUGGAGAACCUGGAGCGGCAGCAGAAGCAGACCAUCGAGAGGCUGGAGCAGGAGCACACCAACCGGCUCAGAGACGAGGCCAAACGCAUCAAAGCCGAACAGGACAAAGAACUCUCCAAGUACCAGAACAUGCUGAAGAACCGCAAGAAAGAGGAACAAGAGUUUCUUCAGAAGCAGCAGCAGGAUCUAGACAGCGCCCUGAAGAAGAUUAUCCAGCAACACAAGCAUGAGCUCGCAACUGUCGAGAGAGACUGCCUCAACCACAAGCAGCAGCUCCUCCGAGCGCGGGAGGCUGCCAUGUGGGAGCUGGAAGAGCGCCAUCUGCAGGAGAAACACCAGCUGUUCAAGCAGCAGCUCAAAGACCAGUACUUCAUGCAGAGACACCAGCUGCUCAAGAGACACGAGAAGGAGAUGGAGCAGAUGCAGCGCUACAACCAGCGUCUGAUCGAGGAGAUGAAGAACAAGCAGACGCAGGAGAGAGCCAGACUGCCCAAGAUCCAACGCAGCGAGGCCAAGACCCGCAUGGCCAUGUUCAAGAAGAGCCUACGCAUCACCGCGGCCACCAUCACACCCGAGCAGGAGAGGGAGAAGAUCAAACAGUUUGCAGUUCAGGAAGAGAAGAGGCAGAAGAACGAGCGGCUCCAUCAGCACCAGAAACAUGAAAACCAGAUGAGAGACCUGCAGCUGCAGUGUGACGGCAACGUCCGAGAGCUGCAGCAGCUCCAGAACGAGAAGUGCCACCUGCUGAUCGAACAUGAGACCCAGAAGCUGAAGGAGUUAGACGAGGAGCACAGCCUGGAGCUGAAGGAGUGGAGGGAGAAGCUACGACCCAGGAAGAAGGCCCUGGAGGAAGAGUUUGCCAGGAAGCUGCAGGAACAGGAAGUGUUCUUCAAGAUGAGCGGAGAGUCGGAGUGCCUUAACCCCUCCACCCAGAGCCGCAUCUCCAAGUUCUACCCCAUCCCCAGCGUCCACUCCACCGGUUUCUAGGAGCCUGCGUACAUAUGCAGAGACACACACAUACACACACACACACACACAUACACACACACCGAGACUACAAACCGAGCCUGUGCUGCCUUGACCUCGUCCUCUGAGCGCUGUUGGAGGGAAGAAGAAGCAUUUGUGUUUGGACUUGAGCCUGCAGCUCCACUCUGCAGGAUUCUGCUCAUGUUGUCUUAUUUGUACACUAUUAGUCAUUUUGAAGGAGAUUUUUAGAUCAUCACCUUGAAACCUCUCAAGUGAAGUAGCUCUGUGUCCGACCUUCCUGUGAUUGAAGCGUUUUUUCUAAAGAAUCCAGUGCCUGUAGAACUUUGAAUCCAAACGAGUUCUGAUGUUUGCUGCUCAGCCGUCGUCUCAGUCUGACAUUUGCACUAAAGAAGCAUUUUGAAACCACUGAAACACGCUGACCAUUGAAUUUGGUGAAAUAUUCAGUAUCUUUUCUAAUUGAUCACAUAAUAGAAUGUAUUUCAGACAGAGCACAUCUUUAAUAUCACAAGGACUGAUGAUGCAGUAUGUUUUUAUUGGUGGUGAUAAUACUUGAGGAAAGUUUCCAGCAGAAAUGUUUCCUCAGAACGCCUUCCUGUCUUGAGCGCAACACUUGAAUUUUUUUUCGAUUUAGCGACAAGCAGAGGUGCAAACGUGUUUGCUGCAGACAGCUCGAAGCGAUGCGGAGCCACUGUUUACACACAGAGACAAAAGGAUCACUGUUAAUUGGACACUAAGGAAAUCACUGUGGUGGCACAAACAAAGACUGUCAGACAAGUGUUUACGUCUGUUGGUUUGGUGUUCUGUUUUUUAGGUAACACCUCUUUAUCAAGCCGGUGUGAUGCAUCCAUAGCAGCAUGAUUCAGGGAUAUGAAUAACGGAUGCAAUGUUUCAGUUCUGUCCAUAAAAUGUAGCAGAUUCAAACACAGGUCUCAGUUUAGACAGUCGAAACAAAUGACCUAGAGUCAGAUGACGAUGCCUCCUUUGUAUUUGCUUUCCUCUGCCUCCUCAUAUUUUGCUACCAGGUGUAUCAUGGGUAGACCUGCAUGGCUUUUCUUCUUUAUAUUGAAAUGAUAAUGUUGUCAUCGUCAUGCUAGCUGAUAGCCUUAAUACUCCAGAGAAGCCGUGUACCUGAUGUGAUGGUCAGACUUCAGGGUCAGCUCGCCAACUUGAUGUUCUGUCCUCCGACUGAAUGAAGCAUAUUAAUAAUGUCAGAAUGAUCAAGUGUAAUUGAAAGAAACAAGCAGAAACAGGAGCUCUCAGCAUGUUUUCUUUAUUUAGGCCGAUGUAUUGGUGCAGUUGUCAAAACCUUUAAAAAAUGGACCUGACUGGUUUGGGCCAUCUUGACUUGUGAUUGGUUCAUCAUCUCAUUUUCUUUCUGAUUGGCCAUUGAGAGUUACGGUUGCUCAAAGUAUUUAAGAACUGAACUGUUAUGUACAAAAAUGCAAUGAAGGAGUGCUGUGCACCUUUUUACACGAACCUUCAGUGGUUAUUUAUAUGAGCUGCAGCGUCACCUCGCAGCAGCAAAACUGUCAUUACAAAAUCAGUCCUGUCAUUUAGAUUCUACAAAAACAAAACGAGUACAUUGAUUCAACUCUGAAUGUCGAAUAAAAAAAAAAUCAAAUCAUUAUGCAUUUUUUCAAAUACAUGUAUAGUUUUUAGACUGCCUGUGUAAUGUUGAUUUUCAUUUUGCUGUAAAUAAACAUUUUCCUCUGUAA